CAAUCUCCAUUUAAAGCUUUCAUAGCAUCAAUACAUUUAAUUUCAUUCAUUCAUCUGUCUCCUUACACCUCUACUCUACUACCAGAUCCUUCCUCUUUUUGGCUCAUCCUAACCACAAACCUCUCAGCUUAUUUAGCAGCAUCCCAUUUUACCUUACUGACAUUAAAUCAAUCAUUAAAAAAGUAAAAGAAAAUAAAGGGGGCUCUUUAAUACAGUACUGUUCAUUUGCUUUUGCUCUAUUAUAUUCAUUUUUGCAACCCCAAAUCUUUUAAAGAAAGUAUAGUACCAAUCAAGAUUCAAGAAUGGACCACUUGAGAAGCAAAGCUCCACCAUUUGCCACUGUUUUCUUGCUCUUUCUCACUCUUUCAUGGGUUUCUCAGAACACUUACGGACAACAAAAACAACCCAUUAAAACAGUUGUUGUGUUGGUGUUGGAAAACAGAUCUUUUGAUCACUUGCUUGGAUGGAUGAAGAAAUCAGUGAAUCCGCAUAUUAAUGGUGUCAGUGGCAAAGAGUGCAAUCCAAUGUCAACUAAAGCCCAACUUACUGAAACAAUAUGCUUCACUGAUGAUGCUCAGUAUGUGGAUCCAGACCCUGGUCACUCCUUUGAAGCCGUGGAGCAACAGGUAUUUGGUUCAGGGUCCAUUCCUUCAAUGUCUGGCUUUGUUGAACAAGCACUCAGUAUGUCUCCAAACCUAUCAAGAACAGUCAUGAGAGGAUUUAAGCCCGAAAACGUCCCAAUUUACGCGACAUUAGUUCGUGAAUUUGCAGUAUUUGAUAGAUGGUUCUGUUCAAUUCCUGGUCCAACUCAACCAAACAGGUUAUUUCUCUACUCUGCCACUUCUCAUGGUUCCACUAGCCAUGUAAAGAAGCAGCUUGCUACAGGAUAUCCACAAAAAACCAUAUUCGAUUCACUUCACGAAAAUGGAAUUGAUUUUGGUAUAUAUCACCAGACAUUACCAGCAACUUUGUUCUUCAGAAAUCUGAGGAUGUUGAAGUAUAUGUUUAAGUACCAUUCAUAUGAUUUGAAGUUCAAGAAAGAUGCCAAAAAUGGGAAUUUACCGAAUUUGACAGUAAUUGAGCCAAGGUAUUUUGAUAUUACUGGUUAUCCAGCAAAUGAUGAUCAUCCAUCACAUGAUGUUGCUAAUGGGCAGAAAUUAGUAAAGGAGGUUUAUGAGACAUUAAAAAGUAGUCCACAGUGGAAUGAGACACUUUUUAUUAUUACAUAUGAUGAACAUGGGGGAUUCUAUGAUCAUGUCCGAACUCCUUAUGGUGAUGUUCCAAACCCAGAUGGAAAUACUGGACCUGCACCUAAUUUCUUUAAGUUUGAUAGGCUUGGCGUUCGUGUACCAACCAUUAUGGUCUCCCCUUGGAUCAAGAAAGGAACUGUGAUAAGCAAACCGAAGGGACCAAAACCAAAUUCAGAGUUCGAGCACUCAUCAAUUCCUGCAACAAUAAAGAAGAUAUUCAAUCUCACAUCCAGCUUUUUAACUCAUAGAGAUGCUUGGGCUGGCACUUUUGAGCAGGUUGUAGGUCAAUUGUCAUCUCCAAGGUCUGAUUGCCCUGGUAAGAAAUAACUAUUUUAUUGACUAUA